UACUAUCAUUACAGGCUGCUGGAUUCACAGCCAGUCCUCUACAGUUACAGCUCAUUAUCUGCUGUCUCAUCAUGCUGUCUCUACUAAUAAAAUCCGCAGAGACUAUUAACUGCUCCGAACCCACCUCAGAUGCUCUCCUAACAGCCCUGAAGAAGAGCAUCUUUGACAAAACUGAAAUUAGGCCAGUUAUUAACUUGAAAACUCCCACAAACAUCAGUGUGAGCUUCACGCUGUAUGGAAUUUUAGAUGUGGAUGAAAAAGCACAGAAACUUAACACAUUCCUCUGGUUGAAUUUGCAGUGGAAUAUUGAAGGUUUGAGCUGGGAUCCUGUUGAAUGUGGAACAGACAGAAUCUCACUUCCAAGAAAACAACUGUGGAGGCCUGAUAUUGUCAUCAAAGAAUUCAUUGAUGAAAAUAAAGUCCCAGACACAUAUUACCUCUACAUCAAAAAUACUGGUACGGUAAUGGAUGAUCUUCCAGUUCAUGUCAUCAGUUCCUGUAACCUGGACAUCUACACCUUUCCAUUCGAUAUUCAGAACUGUUCAUUCACCUUUAAUUCAUACCAACACACCAGUAAAUUGGCUUGA